GGAGACUCCACAAUGAGCCACACCGGGACGGAGACCUUUCUCAGACACGCCGCUGGAUUUAUCGCUCCAGCUGCUGCUUGUUUCUCAUUUUUCCACCUUUAUUGAUUCAAUUUCUGGAGAUUUAUCCACAGAAGCCUCCGCUGGCUGCUGAUUUGCGCUCCGACAGACCGGAAUAAGGAUCUGAUUUUAACAAAGACGCACGGCAACAGACGCGCGAUCAGAUUAUUUACUGGAGAAAGUCACAUUUUUUGCUUUAUUUUAUUUUCUUUAUGCAGAUAUUAGAGGAUGGUUUGUGCGUCGGGAGCAGCUGGAAAGAGGAGACACGGUUUCACCUGUGGAUAUUAAUUCCCUGUCGCCACUUCUAGUUGCGUUUUCUGCGCAGAAAUGGAAAACUACACGGCAUGGAGUAAUUUCACCCGAGUUCUGUCGGAGCUGGACGGGACGAGCGGCGAGGAGGAGGAGGAUGAUGAGGAGGAAGAGGGCGGCCGGGGCGGGGCGGGGAGAGGCGGACUGCACGUCCUGGUCGGCUGCGUCCUCUUCCUGCUCAUAGUUUCCACGCUGCUCGGAAACACGCUGGUGUGCGCAGCCGUCAUCAAGUUCCGCCACCUGCGCUCCAAAGUCACCAACUUCUUCGUGAUCUCGCUGGCCGUGUCCGACCUAUUCGUGGCCGUGCUGGUGAUGCCGUGGGAGGCCAUCACCGAGGUCACCGACGCCUGGCUGUUCGGACGCUUCUGUGAUGUCUGGAUCGCCUUCGACAUCAUGUGCUCCACGGCCUCCAUCCUCAACCUGUGCAUCAUCAGCAUGGACCGCUACUGGGCCAUCGCCAGCCCCUUCAAGUACGAGCAGAAAAUGACUCACAGGGUGGCGUUCGUCAUGAUCGGGGUGGCGUGGACGCUGUCGAUCCUCAUCUCCUUCAUCCCGGUGCAGCUGAACUGGCACCGGGCGGGCGAGGAGGAGGAGGAGGCGACGGACGAAGUCCUGGCGAUGGUGGCGAGGAACUUCACCAACAGCAGCAGCCUCAACGUCACCGCCGACGUCGCCAAGAGCUGCGUCGCCAGCCUGAACAAGACCUACGCCAUCUCCUCCUCCUUCAUCAGCUUCUACAUCCCCGUGGUGAUCAUGAUCGCCACCUACACCCGCAUCUACCGCAUCGCUCAGACCCAAAUCCGCCGGAUCACGUCUUUGGAACGGGCGGCGGAGCAGGCGCAGAACCAAGGCCACGGCGUGAACCGGAACCAGCAGCAGCACCGACCCAACGACGAAGCCUCGCUCAAGUCGUCUUUCAAGAAGGAAACCAAAGUCCUCAAGACGCUCUCCAUCAUCAUGGGGGUGUUCGUGUUCUGCUGGCUGCCGUUCUUCGUCCUCAACUGCACCGUCCCGUUCUGCGACCCGCCGUGCGUCAGCGACACCACCUUCACCGUUUUCGUCUGGUUCGGUUGGGCCAACUCCUCGCUCAACCCGGUCAUCUACGCCUUCAACGCAGACUUCCGGCGGGCCUUCGCCACCAUCCUGGGCUGCAACCGGAUCUGCUCCAACAACGCGGUGGAGGCCGUGAACUUCAGCAACGAGCUGGUUUCUUACCAUCACGACACGACCUUCCACAAGGAGGCGCUGGUUCCCGCUCAGCCACAGCAGCAUCCUCGGUCCGUCAACGUCGGAUCGGACCACCUGGAGGACAUGAGCCCGCAGUUCGACGAGGAGUCCAUCAUCUCCAACGGUUCUCCGAGCCGAGACCGGCUGCUGCUGCUUCCCGCCACCGUCCAGUUCGAGGAUGAUCCGGAGAUCUCCUUGGAGACGAUCACGCCGUUCACAUCAGCGGCCGGGCUGGAGAGAGACGCUCUGAUACCAGGACAAGUCCACCAGGACGGAAACUGAGCUGAGCGGACAUUUGGCUCAAAAAUAAAAAGCAUAAACAUUGACAUAAGUAAUCAAACUUGUCCUCCAUGUUGAUUGAUUUGGACUUUAUAGUCUUGCAGCUUUUUGAGACCUGGAGAAAGCUUCAACACAACUAAGAAACUUAGCCGAGCUUCGGCUAAAACUCACUAUUAUCCAAAUUUAAAGUUUAUUUUCUGUGCAACUGUUGGAUUAUUUCGUUGAAUUUAUGUGUUUGCAGUUGAGAGUUAGGUAUUAGACCACCUGACACACUUAGAAGAACAGCUUUGUCAGAUAUUAAAUCUUAUUUAUUACCUUAAACCACUGAAUGUUUCUGUUGUUUAAUAUCUGCACUGGGAGUGAAGUUAAAAUCUGCUCUUUUCACGAGAAAGUUCAUGAAUCAGUCAAGAUGUUAAAGUUCAGGAGUGAGUUUGGUGGUCACAGAGGCUCUGCUGAAGGACAGUCUGGUGAAGGUCAGUGUUUGCAGUGAAAUGGGCUCAAACUGUAAUGAAAUGUUCAGUUGUUUGGCAGUGGAGAAGACGGAACCCGAACUGAGACGGAAGUGUUGAAAUCCAACCGUUUUCUUUUGUGAACAGAAUUAAAAGAAGAGGAAGCUGCAGAAUUCAGAUAAAAGUCAAAAGCAAGUUUGGCAUUUCUAGUAUUUCUGCCUUUCAUUUCAUUUCAUUUUACCAUAAAUUAGCAGUUUAUCAAGUGAGCCUUUAUAAUAGAGAUAUUUUUCAGCUUUUCACAGGGUCACCGAAUCAAUCUGAGCAACGGACGAAUUGAAGAAGCAGGAUAUGUUGACUUUAACAUCCUGAUUCAGUGUCUGGUAUUGUCCUUGUGAAGGUAGCAGCAACGUGACACUGUUGGUGCGUUCAAGGACAAACCGACAUCUGAGAAGCAACAGAUAGUAGCUGCAGCAGCAACCUUUCCGAUCAAACUCACAUCUUUCUCUGCAAACUCUGACUGCAUUCCAAAUGCCACAGUUUUCUGUUAUACUUGCAGCUGCCAUUACAAAGUGUUGCAUUCAGCUGGGAAACACUGAUCAGGGCUGUCAAACAUGCGACCCGUGGGCCAAAACCGGCCCACCAGAAAGUCUAAUCUGGUCCACUUUGUAAAGUGCAAAAACUACAGAGAAGACAUUAACUGCAAACUGUAAAUUUGUAAAACUAUAAAUUUAAAGUAAUUUUUAGACCAUGACAAGUUGUUCAUAAAGUAAAAUGCUAGAUUGCUCAUUGUUCUUUUGUGCCUCGUUUUUGUUGUGUUUUGUCUUGUUUUUGUUGGAUUUUUGUCAUUUGUCUCAUGUUUUUGUCGUUUUGUUUCUUGUUUUUGUCAUGUUGUGUUUCCUCUUUGUCUCGCUCAUUUUGUGUUUCCCUUUAUUCAUUGUUUUUUGUUGUUUUGUGUCUUUUUUGUCUUGCUUGUGUCGUUUGUCUAUUGUCUCUGCAUCUCAUCUUUGUAAUAUUUUGUCUUGUUUUUGUUGUUUUUUGUCUCAUUUUUGUCAUUUUGUCUUUUUUCUUGUCUCGCUUGUGUCACGUUAUCCAUUUUUGUCAUUUUGUGUCUCAUUUUUGUAAUAUUUUGUCAUAUAUGUUUUGUAUGUUUUGUCGUUUUGAUAAUAAAGUAAAAUACUACAUCAUUCAGUCCCAGAUAGCUGUGACUAAAUGUUUUGUGUCUUUGUAGAAACUCUGUGAUCUGUAAUGUGUAAAUGAUAAACUGAUGCAUAUUAUUUUGGAAAUUGAACUAAUUUUUUCUCAAGAAAUAUUAGGUUGCUCAUGAUAUUUUGUAAAAAGAUAAUUCCUUAAAUGUGAAAAAUUUCUGAAUGUACUUUUUUUGCACCAAAACAAGGGCAAAACAAUGGAGUUACUGUUAUUUAUAGGUUAUUAUGCUGUGAUUUUACUGGUCCGGCCCACUUGAGAUCAAAUUGGGCUGAAUAUGGACCUGAACUACAAUAAGUUUGACUCCCCUGCACUCUUUUGACACAGAAUUGCAUAUUUCUUGCUCAUAUCUGUUGCAGCCUGUCGUGCAAAACAAGCUGUUUGCAGCCUGUGAUCUAUUGGUUGUUCAAUACUCAUGCAGACACAGUGACGUAUGUAAUGGAGCUGCCACUGUGCAGAGGAUUGUGGGUCAGAAUGGUCAGAAAAACAUGCUGGCUUGCAUACUACAAGAUACAACACUUGAAAUACUAUGAGUUGGUGCAUGUCAGAUCAGAAAGAAUUCCACAAGUAUGUAGCUGUACUGUCUCAGAUUGUGUUCAGGUUUUACUUAUUUAUUAUUUGCAACCCAAAAUUAAGUUCUGUAAAAUAUUUUUUGGCUUGAUUUUAAGGAUUUCAUAUGUUUUCCGACCUGGGAAGCCUAAAAAAAUCAUCUUAAAACCCAUUGUAAGCCUUAUUCGUUGUUAAAUUUUAACAUGAAGACAACACAGAAACAACUUGUAACUUAAAAUACACAGUGAAAACAUAUGACUACCAGUUUUUGUGGUGAACAUCACCAUUUUGACAUGUCAACAAAGGAAAAAACUGGUAUGUUAGCUUGUAAUACUUGCCACAGAGGCCUCAAAAGUUGGUGAAAUGUCAACCAAAGACUGUAAUUUUAGUAGAAAACAUGGAUCCAUCCAUGGGCCCAAUAAUAUCAUUGCUUGAAAAAUGUGCACUUUUUUCUAUUUUUAAGGCCAACAAUUAAAACUUUGGUCUCUGCUGGAGCCAUUCAGUCAUUUAGAUCUACAGAAAACACUUUUGUCUCCAGCCUCACCAGAUUUCAUGCCUCUGUGAGUUAUAUUUGUAGAGAUAUUGAACCUUUAAAAUCACUUUACAGGUAAGACGGGGGUUUUCUGAGCAUGAAAUUACAAGAAUUCCCAGGUCUGAAAACACAUGAAAUCCUCAAAAGUCAGUCAAAAAUAUUUUACAGAACUUAUUAUUGGGUAAGAAAUAACAAAUGUGUAAAAUCACAGACUGACCUAUAUUCUAUAUUUCAUGAUAUGCUCAGAUAUACAUGAUAUAUUGGUAGUAUUAGAAUUGGAAGGCACUCAUUAGGUGAAAUAAUUUUCAUUGAAGUGUUCCUUCGGUUGGAUGGAUGGCAUUAGAUCUUAUUUUCUUAGUAUUUUGAAAUUAAGUGGAGUUACUGGCAGCCCAAAAGGUAGAAACCAACUUAAAACCUGACAGUAUUUUUGGAAGCAUCAUUGGUGGUAAUCCAGUCAUACAUUAUCGUUCAAAAGUUUGGGGUCACUUAGAAAUGUCCUUAUUUUUGAAAGAAAAGCAUUUUUUUCAAUAAAGAUAACAUUAAAUGAAAGAUAAAUCCAGCCUAGACAUUGUUAAUGUGGUAAAUGACUAUUUUAGCUGGAAACAGCUGAUUUUUAAGGGAAUAUCUCCAUAGAGGUACAGAGGAACAUUUCCAGCAACCAUCACUCCUGUGUUCUAAUGCUACAUUGUGUUAGCUAAUGGUGUUGAAAG